AUGACAGUUGCUGCAGGCAGCUCUGGGGAGGGCAGGGUUGGGGGUAAAAAUCACCGGUGAGGGCCUGAGCUGGGAAAGGCAUGGAGGGAUAUCGUGGUGACAGGCCCUCUGAGACCCUGUCCUUUGUAGAGGAUGAAGAAGAAGAAGAAGAAGAAGAGAAGGAGGAGGAGGAAGAGGAGGAAGAAGAGGAGGAAGACGCUGUGGACCCAGAGGAGGCAGAAGAGCUGACCAACAGUUUAAAAGAUCUUAUCCAAAGUGAAGAUGUGAAACCUAAGCUGCAGUGCAUCGUGUCUAACCCUUCCUUUUCUAUGGUAACAGUUCAAAGUGAAGAUAGUGGGAUAACCUGGGAAACUAGCUCAAGCAGAUCUUCUACUCCCUGGGCGUCAGAAACUAGUACAACUUCUGAUCUUUACAGUAUGGAAAGUUCACCAGUAGGUUCUCCUCCAGGAAAAGUUAUCUUUAUUAUGGAUGAAGGUAAGAUUGUUCGUAAAAGGCAGCAUAAAUCUUCAAAUAGGGUGUCGACGGUUACAAACCUGAAGGGGGGCCAGGGCUCUAAGAAACGAGACUCUUCUGGAAUGCAGAGGCAAGAACCAAGAACUGUUCUAGGAGAGGUGCAGGGCUCCAUGUUGAACGUUGAACAGGUGGAAGCACAAGACACAGAUGAAGAAAUGCUGGAUGACAAAGAAGAUGUAGAGAGCAUUGCAGAAGAGCCAGUAAAACGUGCUCCGAUAAGAUCAAUAUUUAGAGAAAGCAGACUGAGAAAAGUAGGGCCGAUCCUUGGAGGACCAGUACAAGCUAGAAUCCAACUGUUCAACUCAAUUUUUGGGGUGACUGAGCCAGCCCCUGAAACACCACAGAAAAUGAGAAGCCGGAGAAGCAGCUCAGUAUCAGGAGAUUCUGAACGGCUCCUUGAAACAUCAGUAAAAGAAAGACUGCAGAAAUUCAAUUCACUUUCUGAAGAAACACAUUCAAAACAUUUCCAGAGAGCAAAAAGUAGAAAUCUUGAAACACCAUCAGAGAGAAGAAGGAAACAAAGACAGCAAUCCACAGCACAUGAAAAACAAAGCUAUUCUUCACCAACAACGCCUCUUGAAAAACGACUCACUGAUAAAGAUGAUGCUUCAUCUGAAAAUAUUAAAUCCAUUAAAAUGAAAGAUAAACCAAGCAAAUUCUCAGGCUUUGGUGACGAAACAGCUCUUCAACAUGAAGACAAAAAAGACAGACAAUCUCUUUUGGAGGUUCCAGAUCAGGUAUCUGGACAAUCACUGAAGUCCUUCCCUCCUGAAGAAGCCAAGAAGCAGCAAAGCUAUUCACCUGUGUCCAAAACAUCAAUAACAGAGCAAUCAGCCUCCAUUUCACCAAAGUCUGGUGCUAGAUCAGAGAAACAAAUGCUGCUUUCUUCAGCUGAAACUGGAAACAAGAAACCAGACCAAAUCCUGCAGACAGCAUCAGAUCCUCUGGACGAGCAGACAGAGAAAGAAAUUCAGUCCAAUUCUUCACCACAGUCUGUUUCAGCAGAUUUUGUUAAGGAAUUAGGUAGGCAAAGUACCCAACCUGUUUUGCCUACAGCAUCCAUGUCAGAACAUCCUGAGAGGGAAGCGCAGAAGUCAGCAGCUGAGUCUCACUUACCUAGUCCUCCAUCAGCUAAAUCCAAAUCCACUCUAUCUGAAACAAGACAGGAGGAUAUUACUCCUCAGUCAUCAGAAACAGCACAAUCUGAGUCUGAACACAUGCUGUUACCAGAUUCUGUGGAUGAAGCAGAGAAGCAAGAAGUAGAGUCUCAUUCAUCAACAGCUGCACAGUCUGAAACUGAGCAUUCAGAUCUAUUGCAUUCUGCUAAAAAAAUGGAGAGUCCAAAUACCCCACCACCAGAAACCCAAAGUGUUCAUUUAAAGGAGCAAACAGAAUCUGAGGAGCAAAGAAUGAAACUGAAUUUACCUAUUCCUGAAAAGAUGGACUCUAAAUAUUUUGGCAUUUCAUAUCCUGUUCACACAAAAGCACAAGAAACUCAGGAAACUUCAGCUGUAAAUAAACGGGAAGAUCUGGAUCACUCUGAUUUUUCCAUUUCAAAAACCAAACAAGUAGAGAGUGCACAAAUGGAGAUCGAGCAUCCAGAUUUCUCAUAUUCCACCGCAGAAAUUGGGGGAUCAGAGGGAACACAGAUGGAGGUAGAGCAUCUGGACUUCCCUUUUUCUGAGGAAGUAACAGAGGAAGUAGAAAGUGCACAGUUGGAGGUGAAGCAUCCAGAAUCUUCUUUUUCCAGGGAAGAAAUGGAGGAGUGUGAAAGUGCAGAAUUAGAGACAGAACAUCCAGAUUUCUCAUAUUCCAGGGAAGAAAUAGAAGAAUCAGAGAGUGCAAAACUGGAGACAGAAUAUCCAGAAUUGCUUUUUUCCAAGGAAGAAACAGAACAAUCAGAGAGUGCACAGCUGCAGACAGAACAUUCAGAUUUCUCAUAUUCCAAGGAAGAAACAGAGGAAUCAGAGAGCAUCCAGCUAGAAACAGAAUACCCAGAUUUCUCAUGCUCCAGAGAAGAAACAGUAGAAUCACAGAGAGCACAGCUGGAGAUGGAACAUCCUGACAUUUCCUUUUCCAGGGAAGAAACAGAGGAAUUGGAGAGUGCCCAAGUGGAGACAGAACAUCCGGACUUCUCAUACUCCAGAGAAGAAACAGUGGAAUCAGAGAGUGCAGAGCCGGAGAUGGAGCAUCCAGACUUUUCCAAGGAAGAAAUAAAGGAAUUGGGGAGUGCCCAACCUGAGGCAGAAUACCCAGAUUUCUCAUACUCCACAGAAGAAACAGUGGAAUCGAAGCUUGCACAGCCAGAGAUGGAGCAUCCAGACUUUUCUUUUUCCAGGGAAGAAACAGAGGAAUCCGAAAAUGCACAGCUGAAAAUGGAACACCAGGAGUUUUUAUUUUCCAGGUUAGAAACAGAAAAAGAAAACCCUGUUGCUUUUGAACCAGAACAGCCAGAGUCUUAUCCCCAUGAAGAAGCAGAGCAAGAAGAAACAGCACAGCUUGGGGCAGUACCUUCAGAUUUCUCACAUUUGAUGGAAGAAGCAGAGAAAGAAGACAGUACAAAACUCCAUUUGGUACAUCCAGGUAUAUCUAAUUCCAAGAGAAGAGCUGAGACACAACAAACUGAGUAUCAGGAAACAGCACAUUCAGAUUUACCACGUCACACAAAUGAAACAGAGCAGCAGGAGCUGGUGCAAGUAGAUGUGGACAAUUCUUUUACGUCACAUUUUGGUGACAAAGGAGAACAGCCACAGCCUGUACAGCAGGAUUCACAGCCUGGAGGUAAGCUGCAUUUCCAUGCCAAGGGAGUUCAAGGAGAAGAUACUCAACUGCAGGCAGAGCGUCCAGCUUUGACAUCUUCUACUGGAGAAGAACAGGUACAUAAAACCUCACAGCUGAGGACAGAAGAGCCAGAAAUUACAUACUACACUGAUGAAACAGAACAACAGGAAAUACUGCAGCCAAAGUUGGAACAGGCAGAUUUGCCAUAUUCCCAUGGAGAAACAGCACAAGAACCUGUACAAAGAGACUUAGGAGGUGCAGAGCCGUCGUGUUUCAUUAGUGAAGUAAAGCAACAUGAUGAUGUACAAUUAGCUUCAGAAAACAGGGAUUUCUCAUUUACCACUGGACAAGUAAUGCAAGAAGGAGUGGAGUCAGGGUCUUUUGGCUCCUUGCAUUUGACUGACAGAGCAAAGACCUGGGAAAUGGCACAAUCAGAGCAGUUGCUUCCCUCCCAUUCCAUUGCUGUUAGUCAGGAACAAGAAACCACACCACUGAAUGUGGCCCAGCCAGAUGUAUCCUUUGAUAGAAUGGGACAACAAGAUAGAGUACAGAAAGGGCUAGAACUGCAGGAAACAGCCCAACAAAAAGUUACGCAAAUGGAAAUGGAGUGUUCAGACUUGCCAGAAACCUGGUGUAAAGAUGAACCAAAGAUCAUAGACCAAAUUGAUUUGCCACAGCAAGACACAGCUCAGCCAGAGGUAGUGAAUCCGUCUUUGCCAUAUUCUCUCAGUGAAGAUUUGCAAGAAGAAAUGCAAACAAAGCCAGCAUAUCCCGAACAGACAUUCUCUGUAACUACAGAGAUGCAGGAGGAAAUGACACAAUACAAAUCAGAGCAACCAUUUAUUUCAGAUUCUACUGGCAAAACAGAGCAACAAGAAAUAGUAUAUCCAGAUCUGGAGCAAACAUUUUUGCCAUCUUCCAGUGGAAAAGAAGCUCUACUGGAAAUGGAAGCGAGUUCAGAAUAUUCAAAUUUGUCACAUUCCUUUGACGAAACUGAACAGCAAGAAAAUUUGAAACAUCCAACCUUACCAUUUCGUUUCAAGCAACAAGAAACCACACCACUGGUGAUGGAACAUCCAGAUUUUUCAUGUGGCAGUGGUGAAGCAAGACCAGGCAACAUUGUAGAGCAGGAGUCAGGACAUCCAGAUCUCUCAUACUCUAUGGGAGAAACACAAGGGCAAUCAGGACAUUUGGAUUCACCUCGAACCCUGGGUGAAGCAGCAGAAUCUGAAAGCAUGGAGGUGGAGUCUAAAUACUCAAGUUUGACAUGUUCUGAUAAACAAAAAAAACAGGAAGAAACUUCACACGUGGAUUCAGAAUAUCCAGAUUCAUUAUUUUCCAUUGGUAAAGCCAAACAGCAAGCAACUCAAGAGUCUGAUUAUGAAGAACUGCCUAAAAUGGCCAGAAAAAGAGCUUCUCCAGUAACUGGGCAAAUAGAGUCAGAACAUCCAGAUUUGACAUACUCCCUUGGCAAAGCAAAUGAGAUGGAAAUGGCACCAUGGGAAACAAAGCAUCCUCAUUUGUCACAUUGUCACGAUGAGACAAACCAACAAGAAGUAGUAGUGUUGGAUCAGAAACACAGAAAAAUUUCUGUUGGCAGAGAAAAGCAGCAGCAAACCACAAAAAAGCAGUCAGAACAAGAAAAGUUAUCACAUCCUCCUGGUAAAACAGAGCAAUUAAAAUAUGCCCAGGAGGAUCUGGAACAACCAGAUGUAUCGUUUUCCAUUGACAGGCAGGAUGACAAAAUGGCCUCAGCAGAGGCAGGAAAUGCUGAUGUGAUACAUCCUCUGGACAACACAGAAGUGGAGUGGAAAGUACAAAGGGAAUCAGAGCAAAAAGGUUUAACUUGCCCCUUUGGAAAAGCAGAACAGCACACAGUUCAACCAGAAGUGGAAAUUCCACAUUUGGCUCAUUCUGUGGGUAUGGCAGAACCAGAGCAGGGAUAUCCUGAUUUGCCUUACCCCACUUUCAAAGCAGGAGGACUACAGACUGCCCAGCUGAAACCCCAACACCCUGGUCCAGCAUGGUCCCUCAACAAAGUGCAAGAAACAACCCAUAUGGGGCUGGAACAGCUGGAUGUGUUGUCUGUUCAUGACAAAACAGUGCAAAUCCCACCUGCCCAGCUGGAUCUGAGCCACACAGACUUGGCAUCCCCCACUGACAGUCUGGGGCAGCAAGGGAUGGAGCACACCUCCUUGGGACACCCUGAUGAGGGACAGUUUGUCAGCACAACAGAGCAUCUACAAGCUACAAAAGAGAAGAUAACAUCUCCAGAUGCAUCAUCUCAUAGCAGAAAAGUGGAGCAAAGAGAAAUGGCAAAACCAGAGCCAAAGCAUCCUGAUUUAUCAUAUUCCAUUGAUAAAAUACGAACACCAGAAACUGCAGAACGAGGGUUAGGAAAACCAGAUCUAUCAGCUUGGCCUGGCAAAACACAGCAAGCACAAGCUGCUGAGGAGUUUGCUCAGGAGGAGCAGCCAAUGCUCCUGUAUUCCUUCAGAAAAGCUGCUCAAGGUGAGAAAGCACAGCCACAAUUAGAACAUUCACAGUUGUCUUAUUCUGUUAGUGCAGCCAAACAGGAAGCUGCACCUGUGAAAUCAAACCAUUCAGAUUUAUCUGCUGGCAGUUCAGAACACCAUGAAAUCAUACAACCAGAGGCAGAACUAAUGAAUUUGUCAUGUUCAACUGGUGAAACACAGCAACCUCAAAUGGCUGAAGUGGAUUUGGAGUAUCCAGAUUUAUCACAUUCCACUGGCACAGCACAGCAACAAGAAAAGAUUCAACCACAGCAGGAACAGCCAGGUGAUUUUUCAUCAGCUCUUAGCAAAGAAGAGCAAUGGGAAGGUGCAGGAAUGCAGGCAAAACACCCUGAACUGCAGUGCUCCAUGGGGAAAACAGGACUGCCACACUCCCAAGCAGAAUCAGAAUAUGCAAACUUGGCAUUUUCUGCUAGCACAGCAGAACCUCACGGAACAACUCAGCCAGAGUUGAAAGAGCAUUUGUUGCAUUCUUUUGUCAAAUCAAAACCAUCCUGGGCUACCCCAAUGAAGUCUGAACAUCCAGACAUCUCAGAUGCCAUGGCCAAAGUACUGCGCCCUGAUUUGUCUUCUUCUGUUAGUGAACACAAAAAAAGUGGAGAACUGGAGGUCAAACAGGAGAGGCAAAGCUACACCUUACACCCAGAGGAAACAGUACGACUAAAAUUGGAACAGCCAACAUUGUCAUGUUCUUGUGGCACAGGACAGCAACCAGACACUGCCACACUGGAAAGGGAAUUCCCAAGUUUGUAUUCCUCUGGCAAAAAGGAGCAACAAGAAAUUACAAAACCAGAUUUUGACCACUCAGAUUUAUCAUAUUCAACUGAUAAAGCACAGCAACAAGAAACAGCACAACUUGGGCUGGGACAGCCAGAUGGUAAAACAGAGCACUCACAACCUGCCCAAAAAUCAGUGCAACAGCCAGAGCUUUCAGAGUCCUUCAGCAAACAAGAGGAGAAGGGAAUGGACCAGCCUGGCUUUUUGCAUUCUCUUCACAAAGAAAAUCAGAAAACAGCUUCACCGUUAGACUUAGUGCAAUCAGGUUUAUCACAUUUGCUUGGCAAAACAGAAAAACAGGAAACUGCACAGACAGGGGACAUGCCUUCUGAUUUUUCAUAUUCCAUGGGAACAGCAGAGCAGUUGCAAACAGAACAACUAAAAUCAAAAAGUCCAGAUUUGUCAUAUUCCUUCAGCAAAGCAGAGAUGCAUGAAAUGAAAUCAUUGGAUUUAUUGUGCUCUUAUGGCAAAGCACAAAAACCACCGACUGCCCAGCUGGAGCAUCCAGAGACAUCAUAUUUCAUGGGUGAAAUGGAGCAAAGGGAGGGGGCCCAACCCGAUUUGCAGUGCAUUAGUUUGCAGUACUCUGUUGUUGAAACAGAGCAACCAGGAACACCUUCUCUAUCAUAUCCGUUUGGUAGGACCGAGGAACAGGGAACUGCACAACCCAACUUCAAAGAAUCAGAUUUAUUAAGUCCUGCUGACAAAGCAGAAAGGCAUGAUACAGCCCUGUUGAGGGCAGGGCAUUCAGAGAAGCAAGGCACCAGGGCUACUUCAUCUCUAACUGCUCAGCUGGAAAAUAAACAAGAUUUAUCCUUUUCCACCAAGGAAGCAGAGACCCAACCAUAUUCACCUCUUACUGAACAAACCAUGUCUGUAUCUUUGGGUGUUUCACAUUCUGUCUCUGAAACAAAACCAGUAGAAAGUCCAAAGUCUUCACCCAUAACUGGAGGCCUGUCCCCCAAGCACUUAGAUUUACCCUACACCCACAGUAAAACAGAGCAGAUAGAAACUGCCCAGCCUGCAUCAGGUUUCUUCUUUCCAAGAAAAGGAGAGAAUACAAAAAAUAAUCUACAUUUGCCUGUGGCUGCACAGUCAGCAGCUGAACAUGUAACUUUACCUGAAAAAGCGAGAGAACAGACUCCAUGUUACUUCCACACAGCUAUGCAAUUAGAAUUUGAACAGUUGCAAUUACCAUAUUCUACAGAGAAAGCAGAAACUCUGGAAAGUCAAGAUUAUUUAACUGUAUCUUCAAAACUGGAGUCUGAACCCUCAGUUCCAUUUUAUUCAGCUGAAGAAACAUGUCAGCAAGAAGUACCACCUUAUUCAAAACCAGCCUCUGAAUAUUUGGUUUCCACACACUCCCCUGCUGAAAGAGAGAAGCAAACCAUGCAGUCACAUAUUCCCCAGUCUGCACAAUCGGAGUGUAAACAUGUAAUUCCACCACAUGAUGAAGAAGAAUUGCAAAAAAUUCAGCUCUCUUCACCUAAAUCAGUAAGCCUGAUGACAGCGCAGAGUAUGACUCUCAUGCACACACAAGACCAAGAUGAGCAAGAAUCUCAAGAUUUGUUUGGUACAAAAUAUCUGUCAUCAGAGCAGCUAAGAAGUAUCCCCAAAUUCACUUCUGAGAAGAAUAAGCAAGAAAUAAAACCUGAUGUGCAGACAGCGCCAAGGUCAGUGACUUCAGAGUCGAACUUGACUGCUGCAACAGACUGGCAACUAGUGUCAUCAGAUUCAUCUGUACCUUUUCAUCCAUUACCUGAAAAGUCAGAAUCUGUGUUUUUUACUGGUGAUGAAGAGAAACAAAAUAUUCCAUCAUCUUCAUCUGAUGUAGUAGGCGUGCUUGGAACGCAGCCUGGUGUAGAUUCAGUCAUUUAUACUGGAGGAAAGGAUAAGUGUGAAGUGCAGCCAUAUUUUGCAAAUCAAAAGCAUACAUCCUUAGAGCACCUGGGAUCUGUUUCAUCAGAUCUUAUUAGUGAAACUGUGACACACGAAGUUCAGCAUUAUUCUGGUGAACAGGGAAGCCUUUCUUCAGCAGGGAUGAAGUCCAUUAGCUCUAGUUCUGAUGACAAGCAGAAUCCAGAUACUGCAUCUUUUGGGCUAGCCAGCUGGCUGUUAGAAGAGGUGAAAUCUCGUUCAAUUAGUCCAGUAAGAGCUACAGAAGUAGACACUCAAGGAAUUCAGCCUUUUGCAAAUGAAGUUUCUGAUCUUGGAUCAAAACAAAUCCCAGCUGGAAGAUGCAGAGACCUUAGAGUUCAUGGUGCUACAAAGAACAAAGGAGAUGUGUUAAGAGUUUCUGAUUCAGUGUCAAGUGAAGUUUCCCACAGAGUAUCCUCAGAAACCAGUCACAGAUCACAAAGGUAUGACGUGACAGGUCCAGAUAAAGUUCCAGAGCAUGAAAUUAGGAUUGAAAAAACUUCAGAAGUAGAAGUAAUGCUAAAUCCAGAGGCAGACAAAGUGCCUGAGCAUUACCUGAAAGGAGAAGAGAAAGAAAUGAAACAUGCAAGCACUGUAGGAGACAGUCAGCAGGUUCCAGAACCUGCUGAACAAAAAGAUCUAUUUAAUAUCAUUUCAGAAGGUUAUGAAAUACUCAAUAUUCAUGCUCCUACACAUAUUUCUUCUGUUGAUCAAGAAGAAAGUAAACACAUGCCAGAUAAACUGGAAUACUUGGAAACAAAUCCUUCAUUUAAAAGAAAAUUAGUUGAUGAUGAUGGCCAUAGAGCCAUAGCUUCUGGAACAAUAACAGAAGCUUCAAAAUGCUUGGAAUUGGGACAGCCUGCAACCCGUGAAUUAAAAGAAUUUGUCAAAAAUUAUUAUGUUGAAGAAAGUGGAGAAACACAACAAGAAAAUCCGAUGUUGACUGAAAACAAUAAUGCAAUGUUGGACACUAAUAAUGGUAUGGCCGAUGUGGAUUAUUUUGAAAAAUAUACAUUGAUUGAUGACAAAUCUCCAAUUAAGCCACAGUUUGAAAGACCAAGCUCAUUGUUUACUGUGACAGAAGAUCCCAAUGAACCUGUGGAAGAAGCCUCAUCUUUUAAAGAAGCUGCUGAGGUAGAUACUUUGGAAGAGGAGUUUUCCAUACUAGAGAAUCUGGAUGAAGUAUUUUAUGGUACUGUGAAAGGAGAAAGCAAAAUACAGUCCUAUGUAGAGGCCCCAGAGCCUUUACCUCUGCAGAAAGAAAUUAAUAUUAGCAGUAAAAAGGUAGAAGAUGAACGGAAGUCACCAGGGACUCCACUCUUCAAUACAGAAGAAGGAGUGCUAGAACGAUCUCGGUUGUUCCCUACCACUGUUGCUGCAGUUAAUCCAGAGCUUCUAGAGGAACCACCUGCUCUGUCCUUUUUAUACAAGGACCUCUAUGCAGAAGCAGUAGGAGAAAAGACAAAGGAUGAGACUCCUUCUGAUGAAGAAAGUGGUAAUUCUAAUGCAUCUUUCCCUAGUAGAAAUUCAGACACAGAUGAUGGAACUGGAAUAUAUUUUGAAAAAUACAUUCUUAAAGAUGAAAUUCCAAAUAAGGCCAGAGGGCCUCAAAAUAAUCAUAUUCCAGAGAAUGAGUCCUUUAGUGGAGGAAUUUCAGUCCAGAUCUCAGAGGACAAACAUAAACAGGGGUAUGGUGAUGUUCAACAAGAGGUUCUGUCAGAAAGGGGUGUUGUGGAGAGAGGGAAAGUCAAACUUGACAGUGACAUUCAAGCAACAAUUUGUAAACCAACGCAUGCCAUUCCUUUUGGAAGCAAAGUAAUGCCUUCAGCUGCAACAAGUGAUACCACUGAACAAAGAGAAGAAGAAAAUGUACCUGUAGAAACAACUGAGGAGUUGCAAGAGCAAUCAAGUCACCAAGUGUUUAAUCAACUAGUGGAUUAUCAGAGAGCUGAAUAUCGAAGAGCUAGUAAUAAACUGGAAGAACAGAGUGAAACAACAGCAGUUCCUGAAGUGGAAAAAUACGUCGCAUAUGUCCGGACUCCUGUCGAAGACAGUGAAGAUGAUGAGUAUACCCAGGAAAAUCUUUUGCUUGUCCCUACCAUUCAGCAAACAGAGAAGCCAGACUUGGAAAAGGCAGACCAGCAACCUGAAGUUUGUGAAGAUCUCGCUGAGUCAAUGGACUAUGAUGUGAUUACGCAAGAAGAACUUUUGCAAGAUGAAGUAUCAUCUCAGUUCACACAUGAGGAGCUAUUAUUUGAAGACAGGGACUCUUUUGAGCAUGUUGGUGAUAGUUAUGAAUUUGUUAAUGAGCCAGAGCAAAGAACACCUGUUGAGCUUGAAGAUUCCGGCUUUCUGGUGAUGUAUCCUGAAAAAUCAGCAACAACUAUUCCUCAAGUUGAGAGCCCACAAAGAGAACUGAAGAAAGCACAAGCAGACACAUAUUGUUACAACUGCAAAUGCCCAAUAUCUGCUAUUGACAAGCUUUUUGGAGAACAUAAAGACCAUGAAGUUACAACACUAGAUGAAGCUGCAACAAAGAUGAAGGAUCGCUUAGGUAAAUUGCUAAUAGCACUGGAAGAAAAGUCAAUGAAGAUUGAAGGGUUUGUGAGUGAUAUUGAGUCACUAUUUAACUCUGUAGAGGAAAAUAGUAAGAAAAAUGCAGAGUUAUUGGAAAAGCAGAACGAAGAGAUGCUUAAGAAAGUGGUAGCACAAUAUGAUGAGAAAUCAGAGAACUUUGAGGAAGUGAAGAAGAUGAAAAUGGAGUACCUGUAUGAGCAGAUGGUUAACUUUCAGCAAACUGUUGAUUCAGCAAAGGAAACUCUGGAGACAACAGUAAAAGAAGUGGAAGAACUUGAUGGAUUUGUUUUCCUAAAUUCCUCGAAAGAAUUGCAUAAAAGGUUACUUUCUGCAAUGGAUACUACUCUCUCUUUAGAAAAGGUGCCCAGUGCUUUUUCACUGUUUGAGCACUAUGCGGACAGUCCAGGACAAAGCAACCAACACUCUGUAAAACAUGUGGCUGUCCCACAGACACCGACUGUCAUACCUCAGGAACCAAAUUCAGCCACCAGCACCUCCAUUGCUGUUUACUGGGCAGUGAACGACGGGGAUGCCAUUGACUGCUUCCAGGUCUACUGCAUGGAGGAGCUGCAAGCCAGCAAAGGUGCAGGGGCUUUGGUGGAAGAGUACCGAGUGACGGUGAAGGAGAGCCACUGCAUUUUGGAGGACCUGGAGCCAGAUUGCUGCUACAGUGUGUGGGUCAUGGCUGUGAAUGGCACAGGCUGCAGCUUACCCAGUGAAAAAGCCAUUUUUAAAACAGCGCCUGCUGUCCCCACCAUCAAGGCCGAGGACUGCACAGUGUGUUGGGACACGGCCACCAUCCGCUGGCGUCCCAGCUCGGUGUCGGCGGAGUCCUUCACCCUGGAGUACUGCCGGCAGCACCCGCCAGAAGGAGAGGGUCUCAGAUCUUUUGCUGUUAUAAAGAAACCUGAACUGAAAGUAUCCCUGGAGCCCAAUGUGAACUAUUUUUUCUACUUGAGGGCUGUCAACCCCUUUGGGACAAGUGAGCAAAGUGAAGCAGCUCUCAUUUCAACUAAAGGGACUCGAUUUCACCUGCUGAGUGACACAGCCCACCCUGCUUUGCAGAUCUCCUCCAAUGCAACAAAGAUCUGUCUUCCAGAGAAAGCCAGAUUCACUGGGUUUCCUUCAGUCCUGGGUGAACUGCUGCCUGCUCGAGGGUGUCAUUACUGGGAAAUUGUUGUCUCUGCCUGCAAAAGCUACAGGAUUGGGAUUUCCUAUGAGACAACAUCACGGAGCAGUGUUAUGGGGCUGACUGAUACCUCCUGGUGCAUGUGGUGCUGCCCUACACAAACAAGCUUUCUUUACAGAUUCCUUCACACCGGUGUGAUGAGCGAUGUCCAUGUGACAGAACACCCGGCCAGGAUCGGCAUCCUGUUGGAUUACAGCGGUGGCAGACUGUUGUUCUUCAAUGCAGAGAGAGGACUGUUGCUGUUCGCCAUCAGGCACAGAUUCACUGAGGCUGCUCACCCAGCCUUUGCCCUGGAGAAGUCUGGAGUGCUUACCCUGCGCACAGGCAUGGAGCUGCCGGAGUUCGUGAGGCACAGCUACUCCCCUGCCUCCCGCUCCCAGGGAAACUGACAAUUACACAGUCAGGGGACUGGGAGUGGAAAGGGAGUGCCAGGGAGGGAUGUCUAGGCAUCACCGAUGAAUGCCACACACACAGCUCUCUCCCACAUCAUCAGUAACUGUAGUUCAUGCUCAGCCACAUGAUCACUCAGAGCCUGGAGAGGUAGAGUGUGCAUCUAGUGAUAUACACAGCAGUACUUUUGAAGGGGAAAAGAGUUUUGUUAGAUAUGAACAUCAAAAGGUGGGGGGAAAUGUACUUUCCCUGUGAAAAUACUGACAGUGAUAGCUGUCUUUUUGAAGGUGAUGAUGAGCCUUUGCAUAAAAUAAGUACAUCUCUCACUGCAAGAUAUGAAAGCCAUCAUUUCAUCAUUUGCCAGGACAAUCAGAGCCCAAAUCCAAGAUUAUAUGUUUGAAAAAUGUGCAAAAAUUUCAACAACUGAGCCAUUCUGCAGGUUGAUAUAUCUUAUGUUAUUGUUUUCCAACUCCUUUCUUUAAGUGUGCAAAUUAAGAAAACUUGGACACUUAGAAAUCUGCAUGAUUCCAAAAUGAAUGAGUCCCAUACUAGUCUCUGUAUCAAUUAUGUGAAGUCUGAGUUUGCAACAUGCUCCUACCCUGCUCACAGCAGAUCACCACACCUGACUGUGUCAAUAAAUAUCUACCUGUAAAUAGGUACUCAUGAAACAUGUGUGAGAGUAGUGGUAAAAGUCUUUCCUGUUUUUCAUCCUCAGUUUGUUGGCGGGGUGGUUGCAAUGGUGAAGAUGGCCAUCUGGGACCUUAGAGAUUAGUCAAAUUGCAAGCAGCCUUCCUGUGGAUCACCCCUUUUCUAUCACUGCUUUUUACCUUCGCACUUACUGAUUUGAUGCUCCUAAUUUCAAGCUUGUGGGCAUUUUCCUGCAUCUGCCCAGCUCUCUCCUGUUAUCUACACUAGCACCAGCACCACACCAGCAAGGCACAGUGCCCCAGGACCAUCAACACAAGCGUGAUAAAAAUGGCUGGUGCCCACAGAGGAGUAAGAUGCUGAUUUUCCCCUUUGGGCUUUUUCAGACUGUUUUUCCAAGCACUUCACACAUCGGUGGUAUGGCUGUCUUUUUGCCUGCCCCAGGGGCUGAAAGCAUGAGUGUCACUGGUGGCAAACUCCAGUGAAUGCUGAGGGGAAAUCCAUCUUAAGGCAGGCAGGCAGGCAGUGCUUUUCAUGCUGUGCCUGCUCUGGAGAUUUCUGCCACAGGGGACUACGCUGCCAGACUCAUUUUUGAGCUGAGCUGAAGAGCUGUACUCCCUGAAGUAAAGCAGAUUUCAGGAGGCUAAUAGUGAGGGUUUGCUUCUAAAGAGAGGACUUAAAUGAGUUUCAGGGAGGCUUCUGCUAUUUAUGCUCAAAAGAGGUGACUGCUGCUGCUGUUUUAUUUAUGAUAUAACACCCCUAAGGCAUGUGCUUGCUACUUCAGCCUGCUGUAUGCUUGGUGUCCCAGAGGAGCCAUGUUCCACAGUCAGAGCAGCCUUGGGUGGGAUAGUUGCAGCGAGAUAAACAAGACCCUGUGGCCAUUCAUUUUAAGUCAGAGUUCUUUUUGGCAUUUCAAUUAAAAAGUGCUAGUUCUGAGUCUCUGAUGGGGAGAGAGGGGAAUGAAAAAGCAAGGUAGUGCCCAGCUGGCUAAAGUGGGUGUUUCAUAGAGGUGUGCAGGAUACUGAGAAAAAGACAUCCACAAUUAGUUUGGAAAGAAAGACAGAAAGGACAUGAGGGCAACAUUAUCAUGGAGUCUCAAGAGGAGGUAGCAGAAGGCAGGCUGGAAACACAGUGCAGAUGGUGAUAAACUAAGAGGUUGGUGGUUGUGGCGAGGCAUACUCCUCAGGCUCCUGCAGCCAGUGAGCUCACCAGAGGUUUGGCUGCCUCCAGUGCUUUGAACUAAACCUGAAAAAUCCCAGCUUUGGGGCAAUUUUACAUGUGUUUUCCUUGCCUGGUCUCUGCUGCCCCAAGUGCAGGACUGCUUCGUGGACACCAACGUGAUGUAUUGCCAAGGAGACAGACAGCGAGCAGGAGAGUAAAAUGACAACAAAGUAUUUGGGUGGCUUUUUGAAUUAAGCCAAGAAACAAUUUCCUUGACAAAGGUAACUGUGUAUUAGUAAAUAGCGGCUUAACGCAAAAAAUUUAGAUCUACUGCCCCAUGAUGUUACUCAGGUAGCAAUUGAGUUUGGCAAAAAUUUUUUAUUGGAGGUACCUCAUUCCUAGGGAUAUUAGAUUCUAUUUGAAAAACUGACUGUUUCUUGAUAAUUUUUGUACAAUGUUCAGUUUUUAGACUGGGUAGUAUCAAAAGGUGUAUUUACUGUUGAUGUGAAAGCUGGAUAAAAUAUUUGACAUUAAAAUGGCACUCAAGAGCCUAAACAGUAUGGAUUUGAAUGUCUAAGUCUGGUCUGCAUUAAGUUAGACCAGAUUAAGAGAUACUUAGAGAGAACAUCUUGUUCAGAGAGAUGGAAGAAAGUACACACUAACAAAAAACAAUAUGCAAGAAUUAGGAUUCAUUAUAGGGAGAAAAUUCUUAGUGGUGAGGAAAGUAGCUCCUGAAAGCCACAGUUAAGCUGCUGGGACUUCUGAUACAUGGUGCAAACUCUCCUACGCUUAGAAAGCCUAGUGUUACAUCUGCUGUCAUCUUUUAUUUGCCUGAUGGGCACUGAGUGGCACCAAGUUCAGGAAUUCACUUUUCAGAAGGUAACUGUCCACAGACUCUUGAACAUACAGUAUGGUCCACAUGACUUUGCAUUCAGAUGAACUGAGGUUUUGAGGACUGUUGCAUCAUUUUUUUUCUGUCCACCACAGUUUAUAACUACACAUACUAGAAGAGAAAGACAAACUUGUUGAGCUUAGCAUUUAGAAAUAUCUUAAAAACAGUGUGACUUAUUUUUAGCAAAUAAGGUUAAUUAGCUUGGCUGAUAGUAACUAAGACCUUGUGCAAAUGCUGACAUGGUUGCGUGGUACAUGUACACAGUCUGGUCAUCGUUCCAUGCUUAGGAUUACAUAGAAACACGUUUUAGGAGUUUACACAAAGAACUGUAAAAGAGUUCACCAGUAAUUUGGGGAUAAUUUUAAUUCCAAAAGUACAAAAGCUUAUGCCUAACACUGUAAAUAUUGUUAAUAAAUAUUUGGACUGAUCUGAACUGCAUUGCAUUAAAAGGAACAACUUAUUUUCACUUCAGCGUGUUUUAUAUUAGGCUCUUAAACCCUUGUGCACUGAGAUGAGAAGAUAGGCCUGGAUGAGAAGAGAAACAGUAAUUUCAAAAUAGUGCUGAACUGGAUUAUUGCUGGUAUUAGUAGUAUUGAACCACACGCUUGGCUUAGUUCUUUCUGCUCCAGCUUGAGUUUAGUGCUUCCAUGCAAUGUCAGGUGCAGAAACUUGGCAGUGUGUCUGCAAGCUGCAGCUCAUGCAUGCAGGCACAACUUUUCUCUUGCCAUAGCUCUUUUUAGAAAGGGGAAAAUGUCACGGAAAUGUAACUGAUUGUACGGCAAAUGGUCUAGAAAUGACUUAUUUUAGAAAUAGGUCCACUAAAAACUUCUUCCUCCCCACUUCUAUUGUGGAACUUAAUUUCAAUUUGUCACUAAGCCUGUUGUGAAACAUAAACCCAGUACCAAUAAACUGUUGCUAAAUCCAUA